CGUUUUGACGACGACAUUCAUGUUGAAACGGAAAUAGAUCCCAAGCUUGAAAUCAGUCGCCUGUUUCUUACGACUCAGGAGAAGGGCUGCAAACCUCGAAAUACCGUAAAAGAUUUCGAAAAGGGAACUGAAGUGUUCGUCGAAAACGACUACUGCUUCGUCCGCUUUUUCAACCACAGCGAAGAAAGCUACGACCAGCAGAUGCGUCUUUUCCAGAUGUUAGACGACAUGCCGCUGCAGCAGUCGGACGAUCCCGCCACCUACGAGGCCGUCCAGCAUCUCCAGUUCACUGAUCAGCUGUACGACCUACUCGGCCGGCCGGUGAGCCUCCAGUGCAACAUGCGCCGUCUGCUCUGGAUAUUCCCCGUCACCCCAGCACGCGCCGAACAGCUUGCCGGCUGUCGCUGCUUUGACACACUCCACGCUCGGAUCAAUGUCUGUCUACAGACCAAGGACGACCUGGCGAGGAGGGUGCACCCCUGGAGUCUGGAGACGACCGAUGCGCCCACGACGGAGCCUACGAACGAAGGAACGGGGAGGUAUCCCCCGGGUUUGGACAGAAUUCUGAUGAAGCCUGCUGACAUGGGGCUGGUGUGAAUUGAGGAUAUGCUACACUCUACAGGAACGGUACUGGCAGCUCCAGUCCCCAGUUCUCCAGCCUUCCCCUUACGGGAGCGACAGACCGAAGCUCGGCGCUUCAGAUGUGAAUGGGAUGUUAGAAUUCCUCCCUGGGAAUUUGUUAGUGUCCUGGUAUCCAACGGCUACCUUGGAAGGCGUUCUGAAGCCAAAAUAUGUCUGCUGGAGAUCGAAGAGGAUAUUCCUUCGACGGAAAUAAAAUCAUCGUGUCAUACAUUAUUUGUAUUAUCACGCUAAGGCAGCCUGAUCGAUACAAAGGAUAGAACGUUUCAGUCCCUAUUUGAAACUGUGCUUUCGUAAUGAAGUUCAAAUUUUGAAGUGGAUAAUACACCAAAAGAGCAAAGAGGCA